GUAACUUGUAAGCGUAAUUGUUUGUUCAUAAAAAUAAUUCACCUGUGCAAAUUUAUCAUCUGCGAUACCUACGCGACUAUACGAGGGCAGCGCUUCCCACCUGGCCACCAGUGUCCACUAGCGGUGCCGCUUAAUACCCAGGUGGGUGUAGCAACAAAACCUUUACGCGUGUACUGGGAGUUUGCUUCUGAAUUUUCUUCCAUUUUAUCCUGUUUCCAAACAAAAAGGGUAUUGGUGAACACGUACUUACAACUCAAAUGACGGAACCAUCAAUUUUCGAUAAACUGAUGAUUGAUUUGCGUUCAACCUGCAAGUACUAUACUGGUUAUCCAAAGGAUCUUGGACCCUCACGGGUUGUUCAUUUUACCUCUGAACGGGCGCUUAUGCAGCUUUUGGAUCAAGGUCACCCUGUAGUUGUGGCGUUUACCAUUAAGGGUAAUUACACUAAGCAUCUAGAUAGGGUACUGGAGGAAGCUGCGGCUGAAUUUCAUCCUAAUAUAAAAUUCAUGCGUGUUGAGUGUCCAAAAUAUCCUGGAUUCUGUCUAGCACAGCAGCAAAGGAAAAGGGAAAGAGAGUUGCAAAUGGAAAAGGGAAGAGAUAUGGAGAAGGGAGCAGAAAGGAAGCUAUUUGAGUAUCCCUUUAUUGAGAUAUAUUACAGCCCUCAUAAAGCAGCAAGUCAAGGAAAGGUUGGUAGUCCAAAUAUCACAAAGUAUGAAACCAAACUUUUACCUUUUAACUAUGAUGUCAGUGCCUAUGGCUUUAGAGAAUUUUUCAAACGCUAUAAAGCACAGAUAUCAUCUGAUCAGGCACAAUAAACAAUUUGUGAAUUACUGGCAUGGGUAGGUUGUAAGAAUCUCUUAGUUGCUGAAAAGGUUUAUGUUUGGUUCCCACAUUUCAUUCCCAUCAACAAGACCAUCUCCAUCUGUAAUAGUCAUCCUCAAAAGCAGACUAAUAGGCAUGUAAAGAGAGCCGAUGCUCUAGAAAAGCUUCAAGGGAAAAGAUGUGAUGAAGAGAAGUUUGGAAUAUAUGGUGGUGAUAUUUUGUGGCAUGGACAAUGUGUAUCGAAAAAGAAAAACAACUGCUUCUUCAUAUUGUGUGUGUUUAUGCGACUUGGCCUUUUGUCAUCACCGGCUACCUUUUUCUUCUGUUCUCCAACUCUUAUUGUACUACCAAAGCUUUUAGGUUGUGGCAGCUGUGUGCCUGUGUCAUUGUUACUUUAAUCUAUUUUCAUUAACCUUUUAGUUUCCGGGUGUGCAGCAGCAUAGUGUUAAGUUUAUUUGAAUAAGUUUCACUGUAUCAGUUGUUAAUAAGAUACAGGAUUGUUUGGAGGAUAGUAUCAGCUGGUAAGAUUUGAAAUUGAUGACUGAAGACACAGGGUUUGUCAUGUCAAUUUAUAAUUCUGUCCAAUUUUUACGGUUUGAUCAUUGAUGGGCGGCAAUUUUGUUGGUAA